GACAUUGACGAAUGUAGCAAGAAUCCAGAUGCAUGCGACAAGUCAACUACCACUUGCCGAAACUCGGUAGGAAGCUACUCUUGCCCAUGUCGGCCUGGCUAUGAAAGAUAUAGUCGGUAUCAGUGCAACGGUAAAUUACUCUUUUAUUUAUUUAUUCAUUUAUUUGUUUAUUUAUGCCUCUCCCCAACCUAAACUGUUCUUUGCAAAGAAUUUUGCCUCCAUUAUCUGUGCUCUUAUUACUGGCCACUGAGGACAAGAAAAAGAAGGGGGGAAAUAACUGUGGGAAACUGGACAAUAAAACCAACGAUCAAAAAGAAGACAAUAAAGAUAAAUAUAGGAGUCGUCGCCACACGAUAUUCGCGGCUGGUUACCCAACCAAUUUCUAAUUAAAACUGCGACAGGCAGGGCUUAUCUUAGGUGCAUCAACGAGUUUCGCAAGGGUUUGCGAGAUACGUAUUUCUAGUGUUUAAUUAUAAUCAGGUAAUUCACCGUAAAUAAAGCAAGAGAGGAUAAACGGGACAGAGAAGGCAUCCCCCAUACACACCCGGUUAUUCCAUAGGUAAUUCGUCUCGAGUUAUUUUUAGAAUCGGGAUAAAGUUACUUCGCGCGCUGCCUGGAUGUUUCGUGGAGGUUUCGCAUGACUAAACCCCGUGCAAAACGCAAUAUCAUUAGCUCUUAUGCUCAUUCAUAUUGAUGCAGAACUUUUAUAUCUCCUUAGUUUUAUUUAUUUUGUUCUUAGACUUUGUAUAUUUUGAAUCUUAUGCUUUUUGCAAUUUUAAUUUAGAUAGAGGGCCACAAGUUUACUAGUUUCUGUAACUAUUCCGUGCUACCCUCUUUAAAUAAAGUGUAUUAUCAUUACUAUUAUUAUUAUUAUUAUUAUUAUUAUUAUCAUUAUUAUUAUUAUUAUUAUUAUUAAUGAAAGCGUAAAGAGAUCGAGAGCAUUCCUGGAUAUUGACGCGAAAUGAGUCGGCGCUCACCUGGGAAAAGGGAAUCGCUAUAGACUCUUUGACAACCCGUGAAAUCAGUUUAACUCGAAGUUGUCGUAACCUAAGCGCUUUAAUAAAAUGAGAAAUUUCGCCGGUCUAUUGACACCGGUCGUUUGUACAAAAAAAGCAAGUAGGACGCCAAGUGUUAUUUUUGUUGAAUAAUAAAAGACUAAUAAACGAAUAAAUAUCAAACCAGAAAUUGCUCUCUUCAAACCUAAAUUAUAAAUGAUCCUGAGAGAAUAUUCAGUGUGUUAAGGAUUUCCCUGCUGUACGUUUAGCUCUAUACAAGAGAGAAAGGGGGAUUGUUUUUUAAUUUCCGUUUUGCUGACACAGCUUUAGCAGAAAUCUCUCUGUAGUCGUUUUCGUCGACAAAACGAAUAGCAAUAUCGCUUUCCGCGUCUUCCGCCAUUUUGUUCUGCGUCAAUUCGUGAAGGACGCGUGGCUCUGGCUCUGCUAGCUGAGCGUGGGUCAUCCACGCGUAACACAUUCGCGCUAUGUGAUUGGCUGUUGUCUAAUCCCCCUUGGGAUCUGUGGUCUUAAAAAAAACACGAGACGAAUUACCUAUGGAAUAGGGUUUGUAUGGGGGAUGCCCUCUCUGUCCCCUUUAUCCUCUCUUGCCGUAAAGACAAUAAAGGUCAGGCAAAAAUAGAAUUCCUACGAGACCUAACGUUUAGUGUGAUAAUCUUGUAAUAACUCUUGUCUCAAGCUGUCUUGUGAUUUUUAAGUACCUGGGUGUUGUUCUUGAUGACACCCUUUCCUUCAAUGACCAUGUGGACUUUGUGAGGAUGAAGGUAUCUAAGAUACUCCGAAAGUUCUCUAGAAUAAGACCUUCACUUACGCUAGAAGCUGCAAAUAGACUCUAUAAAGCCAUGGUCCUACGAGUUCUAGACUAUUAUAAUGCUGUGUGGCAUGAAUGUGGACAAGGAAACAGGGACAAGAUUGAACGACUACAAAGACGAGCUGCGAGGAUCGUCUAUUUCAAAGCUGCCUCAAAACUAUUAACUGAUCAAAUUAUGACCAAACUGGACUUGGAACCUCUCCAUUAUAGAACACAGACACACAUUUUAAGAUUUGUUAAGAAGUGUAUAGCAAAUAGAGUUCCCAGAUAAGGUUUUUUAUUAUUUUAAUGUAAGAAACCGUGACAUUCACCGCCAAAAAACUAGAAAUAAUAAUGACCUUAUGCUAGAAAAAGUUAGCUUAGAAUGGACCAAGCGCGCUUUUUUUCUACAAAGAUGCAAACAUUUUUAAUAAUUCUUAGAAUUUAUAACUCUUCGAAUCUUCCUUUUAGUGUAACUAUUUUAUGUUAUGGUAAUUUGAUCUUUAUCCAUAUUUUUAUUUUUUUCUAUUGUUUAUUUUUAAAUUUUUACAAGACCUGAAUUGAUAGCAGUUUUUUUCUGAAAACUGAUACAGCAAUCCUUUAUAAAUACCUGUAUGUUUAAAUUAUUAUUAUUAUUAUUAAAUCCCAUAAAAGGAAAAAAGCAUUUAUUUUUUCGAUUGUUUCACACAGUCUUCAUCAGCAAAUAUUGUUUUAUACAAUGAGUCAAACAUUCAUGCAAUUGGUAACUCACCAUGGUUAAGAUGUAAGGGUCUCUUAAAAAGCUAUACAUACAAUCCAGUUCUACUCAGUAGUCAAUUAUGUUAUUAUUCUCCCAUCCUCCCAAUCUGUUCUCAUCUGAACCAACUCACGUCGAUUUAAUAUUUUUAAGAGCAUUCUUUUCUCUAAUUUCCUCUCUCCACCUGUUUUUGUCGGAUAGACAUCGACGAAUGUACGAGAAAUACCCAUCAAUGCGUGCUAUACUCCACCUAUUGCUAUAACAUUGUUGGAAGCUACGAAUGCAAAUGCCGCUCAGGAUUUGAACCAGAUCUCAACUCAAUAUACCAGUGUAAAGGUAACUGACUUCCAGUAAAUAUUUGAAGUAAAUAGACCUUUUUGCUAAUUGGAAGUAAUGGGACGUGAAUUGAAUCUAAAACACCCUGAGGUGCCCUUGUACCAAGCACCAAGUCAACUCGCUAACGGAAAAGAGUAUAACUGAAGCAACAACAUUUACACGUUAAUGGACUGGAAAAGAGGCAUUAUUACCUCGCGUUAUGUGAUAUGUCCAUGCUGGUCAUGACUCACCAGAAAUCGAACGAAGUGACGCAAAUGACUCGCAGCUGCAAUCCAGUGAUUCACAGGACUAUUCAGAAAACGACAUGCAAUUGGACUGUUCUAAAAUUAAUAUAUAGUCGUAGUUUUGUGGUACUUUUCCAGACGCAGCCGUCGAAAAGCGUUAGGUGCAAUCGGAGGGAAUUCGUUGAAAUCUUAGUAGAGGGGGAAACUGGUCAUAUUUUUUAAGUGACUAGAAAGGCGGGGUUAGAGCUAACUUUCCUUUGUUGGCAGGCGGGAGGACGCCACGUGAUGUUACUUUACGUAAGACUCAUUUUUCAGUUUUCUUCACUUGACCUACCGGUCAUUGUUAGGAAAGAACACCUUUCGGAAAUCGGUCGCUAGUUUUUAUGUUCCUUACAAUUCUUCCUCGUUACUUGUCAGUCGCGGCGCUUGAUUGACUAGUGGGAGAGGAAAAGCAGUCGAGCUUUUUUAAUUAAAGCUGUCUCUUUAGUGCGUAAAGACAGACCUUUAGUUUCCAAAACGAGAACGAGAUUUCCCAAUACGAAAUUGUGCGCGCGCUUGAACCAGCGUCAUUUUGGCUCGAAAAAGUGGUAGCCGUCGUCAUUCCAUUUUCAGUUUCAGCGAGAAUGUAGCAGUGGCGGAAAUAUGUUAUCAACGGUGAGAAGUUUUAUCAUUUUGCGAUCGACCAGGAGGGGGUUUAGCCAGUUUUUCAAUGAAAAUAACCAUGCAAACUCUUCUGGUGAAAAAAAACUAAAACGAAAACAAAAACAAAAGAAAGUAAAAUGAAGCUUUUUUCCGGGGUGUAUAUUUUUUUGAGAACACGCUAAAGAAAUUGAUAGAAGUUUAAUUUCAUCCUCGAGGUCGUCUCACUCGAACCUAAAGAUCCCUAGUAACUGUCUAAUGUUCAAUGUAUUUUGCUUGUACUUAUGAUUAAUAACGGUGGGUGUAGCCACAAAUGCAUUAACCUGGAUGGCACUUACAUCUGCUCUUGUCCGACUGGCUAUGAACUUGAUUCAAGGAGAAAGAACUGUGUUGGUAAGAUUUCUUUGUAUUUCACAUUUUUGCUUCGUCGCACCCUUAAUGUACACUGGAGUGAGAUUGUGCGGGACAACCAUCGCGGGGUUGAUUGAACAAAAGUUGGGAUUCAUCUGGCAACCCCGCAGCUUUUGCAGGGCGAAUAAUAUCAUCACCCAGUGGCCAAAGGUGAAGGAGCCUUUCAACUAGUUAAAUUUUCUAUGAGUGUUUUUAGGCCUAACAAGAAAUUCUUGAAACUUAGCAAGAUCAAAUGUCGAAAAUAACUUUAGAAGUUGUGUAUAACCCUUACAAAAAUAGAUAAUAUUUUUCGAUAAUGAUAACUACGUAUACAUGAAAGUUUGAUUAGGACAAAGCUGUUAAAGUCCGAUAUUCUGGAAUAUAAUAUUCUAGGCCAAGCGUCGAACUUUUCAUGAGACGAGCCAAACUUGGGGAGUUAAGUUAUGAAACGUUAGACGUCUGGUUAAGUAAAGUUCCUCUGAAUGAGUUUGGAUCGUCCAACACGUCUUAUCCGUCUUUUUCAGACGAAUAGAACGUCUAUAAAACGUCCGGGAUAUAGAUCGAUCUUCACAUGCGCAAACUAAUCUAAUAAAUUAAAAAUUAGUAUGAUAAUGUAUAUUUAGCCUCGCUCGUGAAAAACAUUUAGUGCUGAUCAUAAAUUUGCAUUUUGGUCUGAUUCAGUUGAUUGGUUCGACGCGUGCUAUGUUCGAUGUCUGACCCAACAGACAAUCUUAAUACAAUUUUGGUCGACCCAAAAUAGAGUUUGGUUCGUCUCAUGAAAUCUUCUACACUGACGACUCCGUUGUGGUUAGAAAAUUUAAGGUAACUAAUGGGAAAUUCUACUUAGUUAAUGCUACUUCUUCUGUUGGCCUAGGCCUCACUCGUUUAUUAAACACAAAUGACUCAAAUAAAACAGCUGUAUAUAUAUGUGUGUACCUUUAUCUAAUAGUGCUUUGUUGAAAAUAACUAAAAAUCACUUUAAUUAUAUUUCAAAAGAUAAAGAUGAAUGCAUGCUAGCUAACAGUGGAUGUCAGCACAUGUGUACAAACACUGAUGGAAGCUAUAAGUGUUACUGUAACAGUGGAUUCCUGUUAAAACCUGAUGGCUUAACUUGCCAAGGUAAAAUUAUGAUAGUUUCAAGUCAUGGUCUUCAUACAAACUAGCCAGGGUAUCUUCUCGAUUGCCUCGACUUUUGAAGGUAUGAUUGGAGGGAUCAAGACGAUCGAUAUUCCGACAAUAAUUUUGAAAUCCCCUAACAUUAAUAAUCUAUCUCCCUGUUUAUCAAGGGCUUUCGCGAGCGCCUCAACAUUCCGUAUCGUCCACAAUCACGUCAAUGUUCCCAUAUGAUCGUCUUAAUCGCCAGGGCAAGUUUUGAAGACUACUUCCUUAAAUUGCGAUUCAGUGUGACAAUCUUGUAAUAACUCUUAUCUCAAGGUCUCUUGUGAUUUUUAAAUCACAUAAAAGGCAAAAGGCAUUCAUUUUUUCGAUUGUUUCACACAGUCUUCAUCAGCAAAUACUGUCUUCGGUGUUGAACACAUAACUUUUAUACAAAUAAGUCAACCAAGCCAAGUCAACUCGCUGACGGAAAAGAAUAUAACUGAAGCAGCAAUAUUCAAACGUUUAUGAAGGAAAAGAGGCAUUUAGUAGCUUGCGUUAUGUGUUAUGUUCAUGCUGGUCAUGACUCACCAGAAAUCGGACAAAGUGACGCAACCGACUCACAGCUGCAAUCCAGUGAUUCACAGGACGAUUCAGAAAACGACACGCCAUUGGACUGUUUUAAAAUAGUCGUAGUUUUGUGGUACUGUUCAAGACGCAGCCGUCCAAAAAUGUUACAGUACAGUUGAUUGACUAGUGAGGAAUAGCAGUAGAGCUUUUUCAAUGAAAGCUCUCUCUUUAGUUUCCAAAACGGGAACGAGAACGAAAUUUCUUAAUACGAAGUUGUGCGCGCGCUUGAACCAGCGUCAUUUUGACUCGAAAAAGUGGUAGCCGUCGUCAUUCCAUUUUCAGUUUCAGCGAGAAUGCGCAGUGGCGGAAGUAAGUUAUCAACGAUAAGAAGUUUUAUCAUUUUGCCAUCGACCUGGAGAGGGCUUAGCCAGUUUUUCAAUGAAAAUAACCAUGCAAACUCUUCUGGUGAAAAAAAAAGAAGAAAAACUGUCAAAAGAAAGUAAAAUAAAGCUUUCCGGGGUGUAUAUCUUUUGAGAAUACGCUAAAGAAAUUGAAGUUUAAUCUCAUUCUCGAGGUUGAGGUUGAUUGGUCUCAUGAAACGUUCUACACUGAAGACUCCGUUGAGGUUACAAAAUUUAAGAUAACUGAUGGGAAAUUCUACUUAGUGCCUCACUCGUUUAUUUAACACAUGACUCAAAUAAAACAGCUGUAUAAACAUGUCUGUACCUUUAUCUAAUAGUGCUUUGUUGAAAAUAACUAAAAAUCAUUUUAAUUUUAUUUCAAAAGAUAAGGAUGAAUGCGCGUUAGCUAACAGUGGAUGUCAGCACACGUGUACAAACACUGAUGGAAGCUAUAAGUGUUCCUGUAACAGUGGAUACCGGUUAAAACGUGAUGGCUUAACUUGCGAAGGUAAAAUUAUGAUAGUUCUAAAUCAUGGUUUUCAUACAAACUAGCCAAAAUGAAUAAUCUAGCUCCCCGUCUAUCAAGGACUUUCGCGAUCGCCUCGAUAUUCCGUAUCGCCCACAAUCGCAUCAGUGUUCCCAUGGGAUCGUCUUAAUCGCCCAGGCACAUUUUAAAGACUACUUCCUUACAUUGCCUGCUUCUAUUUUUAGGCGCGUAAAAUUUACGUGCAUACGUACGUAAAAAUUACACCAUAGUGCAAAUCCAAUCCUUGUGUUAAUGUUUGGCGUGAUUCUUGUGUUCUAAUUAUUUACGAGUGCACCGUGAAGCACUAGAUGUUUCCCUAUUUUUGUAUAUUUAUGUUUCUGUGGUUUUGUCACCUACAUGUACCUGGCUUCCAACUUUUAUUCUAGUGCAAACCUAGGUCGAUUUGUAUUAGCAGUUAAGAUACACUUAUUACAGGUUAUUAAAAAUCGUUUCACCAAGAUUUACAUCGUGAGCUUUUGGAAUACACGUGGCAGAUUAACACAGAACUUCUCUGAGGCCACCACGUUCUUUUAAUUUUUAGAUAUUGAUGAGUGCACGGAUGGUUGGGCCCUGUGUGAUACUUUAAGUACCACCUGCAGAAACCUUAUUCCAUCAUACGAUUGUAAUUGCAAGGAAGGAUACAAGUUCAUACCAAACAACAAGUAUCGAUGCGGACGUUGA